AGGUCUACACAUUGUAUCUUAUUACUUCUGUAGUUGCUUCACGCGUUUGGGUUUCUCCCCAUCAACGCUGCCUGGAAAGAUACUCCGAGUACGCACACGAUUGCCAGCGGGAAGCGAGAUCUUCAUUUGGCAACUUAAUUUUUUGCAUUGCUGUCAGUGGCGUUCUGCUUGACAGACAUUUUUUAUAUUCUUCUUUAUCGUCCCGCUUGCUUCUCGGGAUUCGUCAUUCUUUUCACGUUGAGCGUUGCUGCAAAGACGUCUGUGGCUCGCCUGUUGUGUUGCUGCAGAAGGAUCGAACUCGUGUUUUUUCUCUUCUCCCCUGUUGCUGCUCACGUGGAGCUGCGUUGUUGUCCUCACAAAAAACGCCUCCAAUUUGCGAGCCAUUCGCUCACACCCCCGUUGGCGGAAUAGCGUGAAAAUAGAGAGUAGAAGCUACUCCAACUCCCGUCUCUUCAGCGGAGUGAACAACUGUGCACCAGGUGAACGUUGCACGUUGACGCCUUGGGUUUUUCUCGUCGCUACGAUGGAGGUGUCCUGUCACGGUACCAGCCUACGUCAACGGAGACCGUACCACCAUCCCAAGCGGAAAGAGUGUGUGAGCGAGAAAAGCAAAGAAAGAUAACUCAUCUCUUUUUUGUUUUCAGACAUGCCGCCGAAGGGGGGAAAGACGUACGCAGGAAAGCGAAAUGAGGACACACAGCGCCUCCUUGGCGACGCGCGCGUGACGGCGCCAGCCACCACGGCCGGAACACUGGACCGUCGACCGCACCACUUAGUAUCGCGUUUGCACCCACCGUGGAAUGCGCCUGCGGGUCCUGGCACUACAUCCGGCGGAGGUAGUACUAGUGACAACAACGGAGGUCACCACCCGCCUCUGCACGCUGGUGGUGCCGGCGCGACUGCAGGAAGAAACGCAGGGGCAUCUGCAACAGCGUCAAACAAGCCGGCGGUGACGGCGCGUGGUCGGGCCGCGCUCCCCACACGCCUCGCCGGCCGAAUUGCUGGUGCGCCGCAAGAGGAGCGCAAGAAUUGUGUUGCUUCGUCGAACACGGCCCGUGGAACGGCUGUCGGCAAGCGCAACGCCGUCCCUAUAACGGCAGGUCAGAAGCGUUCCCGGUCGCCGUCGGCCUCAAAUCCGAUCAAAGUCGAUGCAAAGGACUCUGUUGAGGAAAAGGGAGAAGACGCUGCUGAGUCGAAUACGAAGGACGUGUUAGCUGGAACAUCGUCGCAGACCUCCUCCAUCUCACCUUCUCCGCUGCCGAUGGUGGCCGAGAGCAAGGUGUGGCACGGUGGCGUUGGCGAUGGCAGCAGCAGCGGCGGCAGCAACAGUGCCGCGCAAAUGAAGAGUGCUACGGAGCACCAACAAACUUCAUCUGCUGAAACGCACGCCACAUUCGACCCGGCUCGUGUCACCGCAACGACGAUGACAACAACACCCAACAGUACAGUUUUAACAGCGAACAUAGAGAGCAACUCUGUCUCCCCGCAGAAGCUGCCGCCACAAAACCCCACCGCCUCCGUGGCAGCCAGUAAAAUGGCUUUCAGAGACACGGUCGACGAUGGCGGUGAUAUCGAUGACGGAGUGGUGUGGUCCUCGCAGGGCGCGGCAGCCACACAAAACGCGGCGGAGCCGGAUAGCAUUUCGCCUCUGCCACAUCGCAUGCCGGAGACGCACGUACUGGGUGAGUUGCCCGAUCGCGCCUCCGUCACGCCUGCGCGUCCGACACGUGCGGCAGCGAUGGCGGCUAUUCACGCACCGUCGGAGAAAGAAGCGCCACAGCAGAUGAGAGCUUUCGUGACGGAGGAAGCUGAGGAAGAUGAGGAGAGCGAAUUAUUGGGCGAACUCUUUAAUUCCAACGAUGUCGCCGCACACGCUGCCUACCGAGAGACAAACCUGAGCAAGAGGAUCCAGCAGAUUAUCGGAGAGGAAACGGAGAAUCAGAUCGCCAGCACCGGUCCUGCAACGCCAUCCCUGCUCCCUUCGCAUGAAGGAGUCUCUCCCGUGCAGUGCGACCGCUCGCCUGGCACCGGCGUUGGUGUGAUGGCGGCGAACAUGGCAGCGGUUCGUCUUGCGGAGACGCUUGCGGUGCAAGAUCUCUCUCUUCUACCUGAAGAAAGUGGAAACCCCACCACGCAGGGGGAGGUGUUCUCCAUUCUGCCGUCCUCCUCUCCGGAGCUGCACACACCACGCCGAGUGCCUCGCACGGAUCUGGCACACAACCAUCACAGCGCUACCGGUGAGGACGAAGAGGCUAAGCAACGGGACGCGAAGGAGUUAGUGUUAGGGGAGGGCCUCGUGUCACCUCCCGUAAAACGAGCCACGGCUACGCCUCAGCAAGCGGCGCAGGAGACUGCCGCAGCGAUAACAGCAGGGACUGCCAGCACCGCUGUGGGGAACAGCGAAACGCGUAAGAAUAAGAACAACGCCGUCCAGCGUGAACUUCACCCGCCCCCACCACUGCCGGAUGGGCUGAGCGCGUCCUCCACCUCGGACUCCUCACUCGCGUCGCACACACCCCCGAGAGUUGCUGCGGCUCCUCGCGCUCACGGUGAGACAGACGCGGAAGCAUCCCCUCCACCCCCGAUCAGCUCUCUUCCUUCCACACUCGAUGACGGCUGCUGGAAAGAGGACGAGCAGACACCGCUGCGCACGCCGCCGUCGACCUUCGCUGUCGCCCAGCGACACGACACGGCGGACUUCAGCGGCCCCUUGGCAAAGGCCGCCGCUGCGGCAGCGAAGGACGCGCCGUCGGCACUGCAGGACACGGUGCCGAUCGACCCGUUUCUCCACACUCCCCCACAGUUCCGCCAACAGGGGGCGGCACGCCGCACGGCGGUGCUCCGCAAAGGCAGCGAGGCAACGUCGGAGCCGGUUAUAGCCACGGUGACGAGCACCUCAGCAGUCGCAGCAAACAGCAAGACGAACAACAGCAGCGGCCGGAACAGGAGCCCACCGCGCAGAGCCGUCGGCCGCGGCAACGGGCGACGAUCUGCGUCCACCUCACCGUCCCCACCACGCACUGACGGGACGAAGCAGCACGCGUCCAUGGACGCCGACCGGACCCGCGGCAGCAACAAUACCCAUACCAAUGCGUGCAAUGGUGCCGAUGUGGACCCGGCGGUGCUGAGGGUCGGCACACGAGUGGAAGGUCGCUGGGGGCGGCAGUGGUUUCCUGCCGUCGUGAGCGAGACCCCACGCAACGGUUUCGUGCAAAUUGAAUGGGUCGAGGAUGCGUCUCUGCUGCACGUGCGUCUUCGCGAAGUGCGACUGCCUCCUGGGGCAUCAGUGGCUGUCACGGCAGGCGCAGCAGGCGCCACGGCGAGUGCAAAGGAGGAAGAGGGCAGCACAAAAACGGCCGACAAAAGGGGAGUUUCUUCACUUCCGUCAGAAGGCCCAGUAAAUGAGGGAGGUGCUGCUGUGCUGACCGCGACGCAGCUGGUAGAGUUGAUGGAGGAGGAAGACGCGGAGGAUAGCAGAGGUGAGGUGAAGCACCGCAGCACUACACGCGCGUCCACUGUUGCGGCCGCAGAGAAAGGAAAGAAGCCCAUGACCACACUGGUUAGGCGUAGCGCGGACAGGAGAGACGGCGAGGAAAAGCAAGCGGAGAUCAGGGAAGAAGAGGAAGAAGACGUUCUGAGCAAUGAACCUACUCUGCGAACGCGCCCGCCUCGGAAGGGCUCUACAACGCCGUUGACAACUUCGUCCGCUGUCCCCUCUUCGCCGCAGAUACCCCCACCACCACUUUCCACCCGCGACGAACGAACCACCCCCACCGUCACCAUCGCGGCAGGCCUUAAUCUUGUCCAACAGGAAAAAUUGGCAUUGCCUUCCGAAACAGCGCCCUCCGCUCUGUGCAUAUACCUCGCACCAUCCGUUCGGCGCGAGCUGCUAAACGGCACGUGCAAUCCAACCGGUGGCAGCGCAACCGGCACAGAGGUGCAGCGCAACACCGAACUGCAACGCAUUCUGCAUUUCUUGACGAGCGCGGGGGCGACCCUUAUCAGCUCUUUAGCACAGGCGGACAACGUGGCUGCGGAGAUGUGCGAUAGUGCGAGCGCCGCAACGCUUUUGCAGCGGCCGCCGACGACCACUGCAGAGCGCAGCUCGUCGUCGUUGUCGAGCCUCGGUGACGGCGGCAGCUCCAUCACCGCCGCCGGUCGCCGCAAGACAGUAGGGCGUGUGCCGUUGCCGCGCAAAAGCGGCUUCACCUCCACAUCCGCAGCAAAAAAGUUCUUCAUUUUUCUGGUCUCCACGCCGUCGUCGCCUUCCUCUGCGCUGGAUUCGGAUGUGGGAGCACGUGUCCCUCUGUAUCAUCUACCGGACGUGUGCGUUGCACACGCAUUCGGCGUUUCUGCGAUUCACGCGUCGUGGCUGUGGUCCGUUGUCCCUGGUGCCUUGCAUGUGAAGCUACCGACAGCGAAGUAUCAGCUGGAGCUGUCUAGAGAUUCUCUCCAUUUUUCUACGGAGGACUCCGUGAUGGGCAACGCAUCGCCGACAGGGGAGACGGCUACGGCGUUGCCGCUGCGACUGAUGCCUUUUCCUUCUAAUCAGCGAUGGCUGUCUGGGACGUCGGUUCAAUUUGUCGAGCGUGAUGACGAAAUGGAGAUGUGGCUGAAUGCGGCAGGCGCCGUCGUCACCGCAGAGCCUCCUCCGCCUCCGCCACCGACGGCAGCGCUUUUUCCUCAUCCAGUCACCUCGGAGACAGAAAACAUAAGCGCCGUCUCAGCAGGCGACCCAUUGCCCGCGGUGGCCGCUGCGGCUGCACAUCGCCUCUCUGCAUCCGUGACGCGCAAGCAGCAGCAGCGACAGCAGCAGCAAUCGCCGCCACGGAAACAAUCGUGCGAAGAGAAACUGCCGGAUUUGGUGUACGUGCGUGAAUCGGGUGUUACUGUCCCGGUGGACUUGAAGCGGCUUGGUGACAUCCCCGUACUGCGACUUCCGUGGCUGGUCAGCGGCAUUGAGUACAACUACAGAGCCCGGUGCUGUAGGGUAAGUGGCGAAGAGGUGGAAAAGAGGAACGAGGGGACAGAAUCGCCUCCGCUACUCGCCUCAGUAUGGGAAGGGAUGCAGAAAGCAAUGCAAGCGGCAGCAGCUGCUGCAGCGCGUUCGCAGAGCCGCAAAAGGCGUUCCACUACCCCACCAGAGAAGGAUGGAACAAUGGAGUCCCCAUCCGUUUCGUAUGGCGUUGAAGCGCAAGCAGCACAUGCGGAUGCUCGCACAUGGACUGUAAUGGACAGUGUUGCUGGGGCACCGAUGGCGGAGAGCACUGUGACGGCUGCCAGUAGUGGUGCACCGCAACCUGCCGACCAAAGGAUGAAUGAUUCUUUGACUGCGGAAGGAAACGCAAAGCAAGUUGACAUGCGCAGCCCCGACCCGAAGAGGCCCCCGCUACACGAGAGCGGGAGAACAGCGAAGAACGCUCAGGCGAGAGCUGCCGCGACACUCCUGUUAGGAAGGCCAACAGCGACAGCGGCGGAAGAUGCGCAAAAAACGGCGCAUGACAGAGGUGGCGGCGACGGUGUUCAAUCCACAGAGGAAGGGAAAGGCAAGCCGGAGGGGAAGGCAUCGAUAAAACUUGGUGACGCAAACGAUGAAGUAGAUCCUGCCGCUUCUUCUUUGUGUAGCGCAACACCGCACCAGCCGUUGCAACCACCAGUCUGCGCGCACCCACCCAUCGCUGUUGGGGAGGACUACUACUUUUCCAUCGGCGUGCCGUCUGCAUCUACCAUCAAUGUGGGUCCCACACAGCUGGCAGCGAUGCCGGCCACCACCGUAGCUUUAGGGCGUGUUGUGGCCAUCGCUCCAAAUAGGCAGCGCGGGGAUUCAGCGGCCGGCUCCCUCUCUGCUGUAUCACGCGAUGAUACCGCCUCCGGUACUUCUGCGUGCUGCCUUGUAGACCUGCAGCUUUACAAGGCCAAGUACGUCUCCAUGCACGUUGACCCCCGCUCCGGUGAAGUCGUGCAUCAAACGACACUCUACCUGUCGCCGCAACACACGAUUGUACCGCCGUCGUCUCUUCUCUUCGGCAUUCCCGUCUACGUCAUCACUGCGGCUGCGCGGCAACACGUUUACCUCCUUGAGGAGGAGGACGGGGAAGACGCUCCACCGGUGGGCUUGCCCUUCCGGCCAACUGGCACGCAGCAGCGACCCACGCACGGAGGACGUACAGACACCUCCUGUGCGGCUACGUUCCCGUUAUCGCCGCGGCCCAACCACUCCGCCACUGUGUCGGCCUCGCCAGCACCAAACUCGCCCUUUCCGCGACGAGGAGCCAAACAGCAAUUCAGAGAAGGCCACGACAAGGUUAACACUAAAGGAGAGAUCGACACAACGACGCAGCAAGGAAGCCUGAACGCAACAGAUCGAUUGCAUAUUUAUCCAUCGCACGGAGGUGCGGUUUCCUUGACGAGCGCUACCGGGGAACCUCCAGAGCAAGGCAGCCCCAGCGAUCAGGCGAACAGCAUUCCUUCAGAAAGUGUACACGGCACAACCAUCGACGACCACGGCGCCGCUUCUUCCUCGGUACCCCGUCCGGUUCAGGUGGUCGAAUUAGAGGGGCGGUUGCCGUACGCUGCGGUCGUGUCCCGCCACGCUGUGCAGGGCAAUCGCGGCCCGUCAUCGCAGGGGCGGAUCGCCCUCGGCAACGCGGUGCCUUCUGCCCGUGUGCUGUCGCAGCUGCCCGUGGAAAUCGAAGGGCGAACGGUGCUGUUGCGUCCUAGCAGUCAAAUCUUCUUCUACCCGCGCCGGUCGCUCUCGCUGUCGGAGCGUUCACCGUCCAUGCCGACACACCGGUCUUCGCAGGCACAGCGUGCAGACUCCCCAUCUAGAGCACCGCCGGCUUCAGACGAAGCGGACGUCCACCAACGCAAGCGGAGAAAGAUUGAUGCUAGCGCAAACCCCGCUGUUCACCGCACUGCAGAUCGAGACUCCAGCGAGGAGUUGAUCGCAGAGGCACCGUUGGCGGGCCAGGUCGAGCUGAUGCGUGAGAUGGACGGGAUGGUGGACGUGGUGGUGCACACAUCGCAACCAAACAGUGUCUUCGGGGGAUCAAAAAUGUACCGCGUAACGCCUGAUAUGAUCGUUGAUGUAUCUCCAUAG